AGCUUUUUUUCCCUGCUGUGGACUUUUGCCGGCGGCACUCCAACGGCGAGAACGGACAGGGCAGUAGAGACAGAAGAAGACAAGGGCCUGCAGGGACAGAGAAAGAGCAAGGAAGUAUCAAGCGGAGCAGAAAGGAAUCGGCGUCGUUAUACUCAGCAAUACACACAGACACAUACAAAUGAACGGCUACAGUGAAGAAGACAUCAGAAACGCCAUGCUCUACCAAGAGCAAAUGAAAAAGGCACAGGAAGAGCAAACCGCUCUGACCUUAAAGCUGGCUGGUCUUCUUGCAUUCGGCUUGUGGGCUAUUCCAACUGCCAUCCACUUUGUCAAGAAGUCGUUAGCAUGAAGCUAGUGCGGGUGUCUGAAUAUAGGGAAGACGCAAGAAACAUUUGAAGUUCCGAACUCUUUGUACAUAUAGGUUAUAUAUAUCACACCGAC